AUGUCAAGAAAGUAUAAUUUGGCUAUGUUAGUAGUAGCAACUGCUUUGUUCAAUAUUUCAAUGGCACAAAAUACUUAUGUAGUAGGUGAUGCUUUGGGUUGGACUGUACCUCCUGGCGGAGCCGCCGCUUAUUCCACCUGGGCUGCCGGCCGGAAAAUCUUCUCAGUCGGCGACACUCUUGUUUUUAACUAUGCGACUGGAGCACACAAUGUUGCUGAAGUAUCUAAGGCUGAUUUUGAUUCAUGUAACGCCGCAAGUCCAAUUUCCAUAUCAAUGAAUGGACCAACAAACAUUAUAUUAAACUCUGUUGGAACACAUUAUUACAUUUGUACAUUUGCAGGGCAUUGUGACCUAGGCAUGAAAUUGGUUAUAAGUGUCUCUGCUACCGCCACCUCUCUUGCUCCUCGGCUUGUACCUGUGACUUCCACUACUCCACCAACAACCGCCCCAAUAUCUGCUCCGGCCACGCCCACACACACUAUUCCACCACGAGCCACACCUACUACUCCACCAAUAGCUACACCGAUAUCUGUUCCUGUCACGUUCACCACUCCACCACGAGCCGCGCCUACUACUUCAUCAAUAGCCACUCCAGUAUCUGCUCCUAUCACCCGCAGUACUCCCACUCCACCACAAGCCGCGCCUACUACUUCAUCAAUAGCCACCCCAGUAUCUGCUCCUACCACCCGCAGUAUUCCACCACGAGCCACACCUACUACUCCACCAAUAGCUACACCGAUAUCUGUUCCUGCCACGUUCACCACUCCACCACGAGCCGCGCCUACUACUUCAUCAGUAGCCACCCCAGUAUCUGCUCCUGUCACCCCCAGUACUCCACCAAGAGCCAUAUCCACUACUCCACCAACAUCUACCCCAGUAUUUGCUCCGACCAAUCCUACUACUCCACCAAGAGCCAAGCCAAUAUCUGCUCCUCCCAACCCCACUACCCCACCGAUAGCCACCCCGAAAUCUGCUCCUACCAGGCCCACAAGUUCACCAAGAACUAAGCGUACUACUCCACCAAGAGCCACACCAGUAUCUCCUCCUGUCAACCCCACUACUCCACCAACAUCCACCCCUGUAUCUACUCCGGCCACCCCUACUAAGCCACCAAGAACCACCCCAAUAUCUGCUCCUGUCACCCCAGCUACUCCACCAAGAACCAAGCGUACUAUUCCACCAACAAACACUCCAAUAUCCGCUCCUGUCGCACCAACUAUUUCACCAAGAAGCACGUCUGCUACUCUACCAAGAGCUGUACCAGUAUCUGCUCCUGUCAGCCCCACUACUCCACCAAAAUCCACCCCUGUAUCUACUCCGUCCAGCCCUACUAAACCAUCAAGAGCCAACCCAAUAUCUGCUCCUGCCACCCCAGCUACUCCACCAAGAGCCAAGCGCACUAUUCCACCAACAACCACUCCAGUAUCUGCUCCUGCAAACCCUAUUAUUCCACCAACAGCUACCCCAGUAUCCGCUACUGUCACCCCCACUACUCCACCAAGAGCUGCACCAGUAUCUGCUCCGACCACCCCUACUAAGCCACCAAGAGCCACCCCAAUAUCUGCUCCUGCCACCCCAGCUACUCCACCAAGACCCAAGCGUACUAUUCCUCCAACAACCACUCCAAUAUCUGCUCCUCCGACCACCCCUACUAAGCCACCAAGAGCCACCCCAAUAUCUGCUCCUGCCACCCCAGCUACUCCACCAAGACCCAAGCGUACUAUUCCUCCAACAACCACUCCAGUAUCUGCUCCUGCCAACCCUACUACUGCAACAACAACCACCCCAAUAUCUGCUCCUUCACCAGUGGCAACUCUAGCACCUGGACCUACACCAUCUAGGAGCCCUUCUGCCCCAACACCUUUAUCCAUUAUUAACCCACCGUCUCCCGCCGCGAUUCCAUCGACGCCAUUGGCCGAUUCUCCAGUUACGCCUCUGCCUUCCCCUAGUGUCAUUCCACCAUCUGGUAUCCCCUCUGCCCCUACACCUCCAUCUUCUGCCAUGCCAUCUAUGCCAUCGAUCGAGUCUCCGGUUAUACCACCGCCUCCACCAAGUGCUGCUGCACCAUCUUUGGCUCUUGCAACAUUGCCAGUCACUUUCUUGGCCAUUGCUUUAGCUAACUUGUUGAAGUAGA